UGUUAGCAUAGAUUGGUACCAACGUAUAAGUUUAUUACAUGGAAUCGUAAGAGGGAUUUUUGAAUUACAUAAAGCGAACUUAAUACAUCAUAAUUUACAUACCGGUAAUAUAUUACUUAGACAUAAUACGAGAAAAGAAAAAACCGGGAGAUUUAGUACUUCAACUGUGAGAACAUGGAUCUCUGAUAGUGGAUUAUGGGGACCAGCUGGAUCAUCUUCAAGUGGGAUUGAUACAAGCGGAGCAACUUCUAUGGGUGGAAAUAGUAAUCUUAAUAGUACAAUUAUGGGAAAGCAUAAUCUCCAUAGUCAACCUUUUCAUGAUCAACCGCAUGAUAUUAAUUUGGCAACGGAAAUUGUGAAUGGAAAAAGACCCAAUAUAGAUGAUGUUGCCUCUGGUAACAUUCCGGAAUGUUGGUUGAAUUUGAUGAAGAAAUGUUGGGCAUCAAAACCAGAAGACCGACCGAAUAUUGAAGACAUUAAGAAAAUUACCAGUGCAUGGAAUAUGGAAAGAUCGAAAAAUUCUUUGGUCUUUUCAUUUAGUAGAUCUGGAGAUGAUGAUGAUGUUGUUGGACAGUUUUUAGAUGCUGAGAAGAGAAGAGUCGAAAGGUUGAAUAAAGGAAAGCAAGUGGAGAGUUACAAUAAACUAGAAGAAGAAGAAAGUGGAAAUGAGUUAAAAGAAACUGUAACCGAGAGGCUUAACCAAGAUGAUAAUAAUUAUGACUCGAUGAAGAGUCGAUUAUUAGAUUUUUUGGUUGAAGCACCUUCACCAAAUAAUCAUAAAGAUUUAGAAAUAAUUUAUGAGAAUAUCGAUUCUACGAAAAAAGAAAAGGUUGAUAGUGGAUAUCAGCAACCAAUAAUGGAAGAGCACGAAGAUGAAGUUAAACAUGAAGUCGAACUCGAAAAUCCCAUAGAAAAAGAUAGGGAUUCAAAUAGAAAUUUUCAAGAAAAAUCAUAUGUUAAUGAACAGAAACAAAUUUUACUAGGAGUUAAACAAGAUAACCAAGAUAGUCCUAUUAAAAAUGGUAUAGAAGCGAAUUCUGAAAUUGGAUCAAAAG